AUGAGUUCUCCGGCGCAGUCGGGCCCGUCCUCGGUCCAAAAGAAGGAGAAGGGCAUCAAGUUCCUGGCGCGUGUGAAGACGGUCUUGAGGAGGGCGGAUCGUCGUCUUUCCCAGUUGAGUUCCAAGCCGGCUCCUGCUGACAGCGCCAAAGAUGCUGCCGACGCCUCGCAGGCCGCCGCCCAGGCCUAUCCUGACGCUGUGAAGGUCCCGCGCGCUCAGAUCUACGCCGAGCGUGCUAAGAAGUUGGCCGAGAUUCAUGGGCUCGAUGUGAAGCCCAGCCAGUGGUACUCUUCGGAUGGCCACGUCUUGCGCGUUGAGAAGCCCAUCAAGAUGCGUGUCCAUAGGAAGUGCCACAAGUGCGAUACUACUUUCGGCGCCAACAAGCAGUGCAGCAAGUGCAAGCACAACCGCUGCAAGCAAUGUCCCCGGAUUCCACCGAAGCGGACCGAGGCCGAGAAGGAGGCAAGCCGCGCCAAACGCGCUGCUCUCCAAAAGGAGCACAAGCCCCUCGUUGUCGAGUGGGAUCCGCAACAACACAAAAAGCCGGUCCUCAAGCGCCCGUCGAAGACGGGCGGUCAGGACCUCAUCUACCGGAAGCCGCGUCAGCGUGUCAGGAGGACCUGCUGCCAGUGCAACACCCUGUUCCGCUCUGGCGUCAAGAUUUGCCAGAGCUGCAACCACGGCCGCUGUACCGACUGCCCGCGCGAUCCGGCCAAGAAGGAGAAGUACCCAUACGGCUACCCGAACGACGGGCCUGGCAUGAAGACCGCACACUACGAGUGCCCCAAGUGCAAGGAGAAGUACUCGGUGCCUUCGCAGGCGCCUGCCGUCUGCCCCAAGUGCAAGCACCAGCCCGGCACGCGCAUAAAGCCUCACAAGGUCGAGCCAGAGCCCGACCCGGAGGUCCUCAAAAGUCUCAACGCCAGACUCGAGGCCCUGAAGCUGAGCGCCAAGUAA